UCCAGAUCAGUAUCUCAACCAAACGCAACUCAUUCCCUCGUUUUCUUCCACCGUCUCUUUUUUUUUUUUUCUCUCCUCUUCUCUCCCUCUCCCGCUUUUUUUCGUUUCGCCGAUCUGCUCACAUUCCCCUCCCGGAAUCUCCGCAAUCUCAGCCCCAGAUCCGCCUCCCUUAAACCUCUCAGGAUCUCUACUCCCCCGGAGAUCCGAAUUUCCAGAAACUGCUUUCGCCGUUUCGUUUUUCCGCGGUGGAGAGAUUUAUCGAGAUUCGUGUUUCCCCAUGUCGGACUCUCAGCAAGAAGAGCCUGAGCAGCAACAUCCACCUCCUAAGCGGCAGCAUCAUAUCUCCGUAGCUUCUAUGAACCCUCCGCUUGUUGCUCCGGGAGAGUAUCACCGGUUUGACGACGCGGCGGCGGAGACUCGUCCUGAUCAGGUUUCUGAGGCAAUCGUCAUCAAAUCUUCCAUGACUGAUAUGGUAAACCAGAAUGAGCCCAGUGAAUUGAAUGCCGGUGUUCUUCUCCGAACACCUAUUUCAGGGAAAGGAGGUAAGGCCAAGAAAUCAUCUAGGUCAGUCAAGUAUAAUAAAAUUGGAACACAGGCUUCUGCUGGUUUUAAUGCUGGUUCUCCUGGAAAUAACUUUGCACAAGCUGGUACUUGUCGCUAUGAUAGCUCUCUAGGUCUUUUGACAAAGAAAUUUAUCAAUUUGAUAAAACAAGCAGAAGAUGGUAUUCUUGAUCUGAAUAAAGCAGCUGAUACUUUAGAGGUACAAAAGAGAAGGAUAUACGACAUAACCAAUGUGUUAGAAGGGAUAGGUUUGAUUGAGAAGACGCUCAAGAAUAGGAUUCAGUGGAAGGGUCUCGAUGUUUCAAAACCAGGAGAAACAUUGGAAAACAUAGCUAACCUACAGGACGAAAUACAAAACCUCACAGCUGAGGAGGCAAAACUAGAUGACCGAAUCAGAGAAUCACAAGAAAGAUUAACAAGUUUGAGCGAGGAUGAAAAUAAUAAAAGGCUUCUGUUUGUUACUGAAGACGACAUUAAGAACCUACCAUGCUUCCAGAAUAAGACGCUGAUCGCUGUAAAAGCACCGCAUGGAACAACUCUUGAGGUGCCAGAUCCUGAUGAGGCUGGUGGUUACCCUCAGAGGAGAUAUAGAAUAAUUCUGAGAAGCACAAUGGGACCAAUCGAUGUGUAUCUAGUCAGUCAAUUCGAAGAGAGAUUUGAGGACAUUCCUGAUGUUGAUGACCCUUCAAACGUUCCAUCAACUUCUGGUGUCCCUGAGAACCAAGAUGUAGCCGUGCCGAUUGGGGAGGACAGCACCAUCAAAAACAUGGAAACACAAGAAGUUGAUGAUACACAACGAGUUUACUCAGACAUGGAAUCUCAUGACUUUGUUGAUGGUAUCAUGAAGAUUGUUCCUCCAGAUUUGGAUAUGGAUGUAGACUACUGGCUUCGAUCAGAGGUAGGCGAAGUCAGCAUCACAGACAUGUGGCCAAACGAAUCUGGAUCGAACUGGAACAACCAGAUGCUUUCAUUUCACCAAGGCGCUGGACCGAACUGGAACCACCAGAUGGUUUCAAAUGAUCAAGGCGCUGGACCAAGCAACACAACCCAGGAACUGCCAAAGACUCUAUCGAGCCCAAAACGAGAACAAUCCACUGCUACGACAUCUGCAGGUAGCUGAAGUCACCAUCAUACCACAUUACAAGCACCACCAUAUAUCUGUAUAUAGAAUCUGAUCUGAGAUAAUCCAGAGUUAUGUUGUGUAUAUAGUAGAUGCGACUUAGAAACCAACCUUAAAGUUUCAUUUGGUC